AUGUCCUGCCAAAUGGAGAUGCAAAGGCUGACGCUACCGGAAACUAAUUCGAGUCAUCAACCCGAAUCACCUUCAACGUCAAAGUUACACCAGAUUACACUUCUACCGAAGUUUCUUUUCAAAAACCCCUCCAUUAUUCUUGCUUUUGUUGGGGGACUGCUGUGCAAUCUUGGUUGCUUUGUAUUCACCCUAUGGCUUAGCGGAAAGAAGUUCAGCUGUCCGGCUUGGGCCAUUAGGUGCGAGGUCGACCCCAAGGUUAAGUGGAUAGCCUUACACUACGGCCUCGUUCAGGGUAUCGUUUCGGCGAUAUCUGGGAUAGGACUUGCUGCGAUGGGCUACGCUGCCCUCCAGCUUGGCCAGACUACCCUGUGGCCGAUCCUUCACAAGCAGUGGCUGACCCUAGCCGAACUGGACACGCAUGUUUUGGCGAGUAGUGGCUCAAUUCCUUCACUUGUUAGAGCCCUUGCAUCUGUUCGCAGUGCAGAAGCUUUCACAACCAUCCUGCUAGUAGCUAUCGUUGUGGCAAGCCAACAAGCCAACGCCGUCGUCAUUGGUCUGGUUUUCACGAAAGCCGAUGUCACCACCGUAUUUUACAGCAGCCAGCCUGUCGGUAGUGGUAUCGGCUUUACGUUCUCCCAAAGGAAUCCUCCUGGGCCUAUUCCGGUCCCUGUGACAGCUGCGAGUACACUCUAUACUUCCUGGUCUAACGGCUACUCCGAAGAACCACUCCAUGAGUUUCGGGACUACCUCUUUGACCGCAAGGCCUUUGCGAGCUUGACCAACUUUUCCAUAACUACUGUCAAGGCUCAGAAGAACAUUUCUUGCAACGGCUUCCAUCUGAACAUAAAGGACGACCCGAAAAAGCACAUCAAGUAUUUGCAUGUGCAGACCCACCGUAACGACUCGGAAUGGAUCAAAAUACUGACAGAACAACGCACAACGCUUUGGGUGGACAAAAUCGAGUAUAUGGACGAGACACGGACCAUCUCGACUCUUGUCUUCGCGGCCAUUGACGGCAACAUCGAAAAUGGUGUAAAUACAACAGCACCAGAGUGGAUGCGGAACGCCGGGGAAAAGAGUAUCAACACAAUCUCGGCGGUAGCAUGCGCCGUCGACAUCACGCUCGUCGACAACCAGCACGUUGGCGUUGACUGGAAAGAUUCUCAGCCGGCCAACGUCUCAAGCUUCGCCACUAUUGCUGGACCAACUAGUUCCAAGCAUCAUUCUCGUCAUGGCGAGGUAGCCGCGUGGUUGGGUGUCGCCAUCACAUCCUUUGGCGUCAACGUCCGUGGAGCUCAGCCAAUGUUCGAGAUGUCCGACGGUAACGAUACAUCGCUUCCCACGGCCUGGAAUACAGUUGUGACGCACGUCAGGGGCAGUGGAAAUAAAUGGACUAUUUCCCAAAUCAAAAACUUCAUCGAGGUUGGUUCAGGUGCUUUGGGAAUGUCCCUUGGCCGCUUCCCGAAUGACAAGGGCCACGUCGAGGUUCAAACCAGGCAGCUCACAUCCCGCAUGGAUCCGGCAAGGCCAUACUUCUUGCUCUACCUCGCAGCACCCGUUCUAGCUGUCAUUCUCGCCCUGGCGGGGUUCAGCGUCUGGGUCCACUUCCACGAGGAGAUCCCGAGCAUGAACACGGUGAACGUCAUGGAGAUCAUUGUCCGCUCCAAGGUUCUGGACCUUAAGAAACCUCUAAACGACGCGCAAAAUGAAACCGAGAUCAGGGAGGUUAAGGUCAACUAUAGAAGGGUAUCGGACGAUGGUGCAGAGUUCGGAUUGUGUGCUGCAAAGGAGGGUUUCGAUGAACGCUAG